CGGCAAGCGUCAAACUAAACAUGAAGGUAUCCUCGCAUUGAAAAUAUUCGUCCUCACGAUAAUCGGAUCCAUAUACCGCGACUUUUGUCAAAGUCUGAAGAGAAGUGCAGUUAUCAACCACACUAAUCCUGAUCAGGCAGUCCUACCUAAAAGAUCUCUGACCACACUUUUCGGGCCAUUCUACAGUGAACCACCUUAUGCACCUUGACACACUGCCAGAAUGGUGCGCAAACUCAAGCAUCAUGAGCAGCGGCUCCUGCGGAAAGUCGACUUCAUCAACUACCCCUCCGACGCCACCCAUCGCUCCUCGGCGGUGAUCCGACGAUACAAUCUCUUCAAUCCCGCCGACUACAGUUCCUACAACCGCCUCGCGGGAUCGCUCAGGCAUCUGGCGCAUCGCCUCUCACUAUUGCCGCCUGAUUCGAGCUUUCGGAGGAAACAUGAAGAUCUGUUGCUGGAGAAGCUGUUCGACAUGGGUCUAGUCGGGAGCGGAGGCGGCGGCAAAGGCAAGCUCAGCGAUGUCGAGAGGAAGAUUACAGUGUCUGCUUUCUGCCGGAGAAGAUUGGGCGUGGUGAUGACGAGACUGAGAAUGGCGGAGAAUGUGAGCGCCGCGAACAAGUUCAUCGAGCAAGGCCAUGUCAGGGUGGGUACGGAAGUGGUGACAGAUUCUGCUUUUCUCGUUACGAGGAAUAUGGAGGACUUCGUGACUUGGGUCGAUUCAUCGAAGAUCAAACGCCACGUGAUGCAAUACCGUGACAAGCUGGACGAUUUCGACUUGCUAUGACGAUAAGGAUAACCGAGGAAUGAUAUUCGAUGGCUUUGAGUCGGAUGUUCCAGGAUACUCUCAAGACGAUCCAUGGAUGUCAGAUCUCCGAGACGGGGCGGUCCGCAAUCUUCAAGCCUCUUGCAAACGCCAACCGCUGCAAACCCACGGCGGUAUGUGAAUCGAGACCAUUCACGUCAAUCCCGCAUUCUGCCAAGGCUCAACAGUGAAUCCAUCAGACACAUCCACCGCGUUCUGUGAAUGGCGAGGAAUUCUGCAGCUUGGA